AUGACAAACAAAACCGACUAUCAAGCCAACCUGAGAGCGGAAUUGAUCAACGGUUUCGCGGCCAUCACCACUCCCGGCUCAUUUGCUGCGUGGGAGGCACUUCCGACAACUCCGCCAGCUGGGCUUUCCGUCGAUGGAGUUGGACAGAUCGCCAUGCCUCUCAGUGAAGGACAGAUUCGAGAGCUUAUCGCUAAAGCGCAUCAGGCUCCGUAUGGCCACAGAAGCGAGACACUUGUUGACCUGUCUGUCCGCAACACUUGGGAGAUCAAUGGCAAUCAGUUGUCCUUCCUCGAUCCGGCUUGGCAAGGUUAUCUGCUCAAGUUAAGCAAGACCGUCGCAAGCAAACUAGGUAUCAUGGGGCCAAUUCGAGCCGAGCUUUACAAAAUGCUCAUAUAUGAAAAGGGGGCCAUGUUCAAAGCGCACACCGACACUGAAAAGAUUCCCGGCAUGUUUGGAACUCUCAUCAUCUGUUUACCCUCAGCUCACACCGGCGGAGAAGUUCUUGUCAGGCAUAAUCGCGAUUCUAUGAUUCUGAGAACAUCAGACGCGACCCAGUCCUUUGCUUGCUGGUAUUCGGACGUGUCUCAUGAGGUCCUUCCCGUCCAAUCCGGCUACCGAUGCGUCUUGACUUUCAACCUGGCCACCUGCCCUGAUCAAACCCGACCGGCAGCUGCUGCACUCGAAUUGCAAAAGGUUCCACUCCGCAAUGCAUUAGAAUGCUGGCUUCGAGACUCGGCUGAUCACAAUGCCACCCACGUGCCGAGUCACCUCUACCAUGCCCUUGAUCACGAAUACACCGAAGCUUCCAUGUCCGCAAGAACACUCAAGACCAAAGACUGGGCGCAGGUACGAGCAUUACAAGAUCUCGCUCUCCAACGCCCUUUCGAAAUAUUCUUGGCGUUAUUAGAGAAAAAAGAGGAUGGAGAUGUUGAUCUUCACUACCCCGAUCUGUAUGACAAUUAUGGCCCCGGAGAUGAUGAGAUUGCCGAGCUUGAAGACGAGGAAGCAAGCACCAUUCACGAAAUAACCGAUGUGCGCGAUAUCAUCUAUACCGUCAAGUCACUUCGUACACUCGAUGGCACCACCAUUGCGAGUAACUACUACUUCGACAGGAGCUUUUGCCUGGUGGACGAUCCCUUUGAUGAAAUGGAGAUUACUGAAGAAGAAUACGAAUCUUACAUGGGGAAUGAGGGCCCCUAUGCCACUCAUUUUUAUCGGCGUUCUGCUCUUGUCAUGGUUCCACGCGAUCACCGCUUUGUGAAUUUUCUGGUUACGUGCGCGACGCGAUACCCAGGAUCCCAAGCUAACUUCGACUCAAUCUUAAGCUACCUAAAAAACAUUUUUGCCCAUCCUUCAGAUCCACUACCACUACUUGAUGCCUUGGCCACCCUCUUCAAAGAAAAGUCCAGACGGGUUGUCAUUCGGGACUCAAUAACUGAGCUCCUCAAGACUGCUCUGAAUCACAACCACCACAAACUAUUUCAGGCUGUCGUCACUCACCACCAAGAUCAGUUGCCAGUUGAUUUUUUUGACUGGGCAAAAGCGCGGCUUGAUAAGCUUCAAGAGCAAGACCGCACUGAAAAGUACCAAACAUGGUUACCAUUAGUCAUUCAACCCAUCUCAUGGAUGGAAGAUCGUAUCAGAAUUAUUACGAAGAUGGCGACCAACCCAACCGGUGAAGCCACUGUACCCAAUGCAGUACUCACCAGCAUGGGCAUCUGGGCACAAGACCAAAUGGGUCAAUGCAUUGAAACCUUUAUUAAGACCACCCAAUCACCCACUACAUUAGACGUAGACAUGAUUAUCUCUACCCUCGUCUAUCUUGAUGAGGCGACAAUAAGUGCACGCUUCACAUCAAUAUUCGCCGGGUUUACGCACGUACGUGCGACUGCUUUCUUACUCGGCUUACUCUCCUGGCUCAAGACUCCAGCAGCAGCCUCACAUCUCCCCAAUUCCGGCAACAUCGAACUUUUCAGAAGCCUUAGCGUGGGUGUUUUUAAUCGGCAGAAAAGGCUCUCUGACAUCAGUACCCCAACAAAUCAACGAUGGGCCCACCGGCCCCAUCUCUGGGCCGUCACUCCACAUGGUCUGAUUCAAUUUGCCUGCGAUCUCAAUGACUUCCAGAGCACUGAUGGGCCCAGUCUACUCGAGCCGUUUAUCCAAGAAAUCAACGCACAGUGCACUACUUUCCCUGCUGAUGACAUGCGAGACUUCUGGAUGCCGUUCCUGUUCCAACUCAUCCCGGCUCUAGUCUCUCGAUCCGUCUCGCUCAACAUACCGGUGUUCCAGCAGCUCACUCGUCAAUUUAUCGAGCACUUGGAUAAUAAGGUGCUUGGGCCUUGUCCUUCUGCACCAGUUGCGCAAGACCAGCUUGACGAAUGGAGGAAACUUCAAAAGGAACUCUACAGUACUGUCACUCAGAACAUCCAACAUGAGACCCUGAGAAGCCUGCUCGGAGACGAAGAAGCUGCGCGCGUCCAAUCCUUAGCGGGCCUAACAUAG